UGGUUUAACCAGUCCCCAGAGAACAAUAACGAAGCCAUCGAAGAGUAUAUAUCUACAAUACACAAGGAAAAUUUAGACCCAUCAUUUUUAUUCCAAUUCUGUAUGGAUGAUCACCAAAAGAAAGUUCAGUUCAUCAAAGAUGUAGUUAGGGAUAUAAAAGACGAGUCAAUAGAGGACGAGAAAAAACUGCAUCCAGUGUUCUUCUUCAAUUUGGUGGUGGGUGUGGACGAUUUAAAGUUAAUAGAGCUGGCAUUGUGUGAAAUAGGGUCGCAGCUAUUGAAUACUUCACCAUUAAGCAACCGUGGUUAUUAUUACAGAUGCAUUCGUUCAAAAAAAGUUUUAGAAUACCUCAUAAGAAACGUCCCCAUCGAGAAUCACUUUGACACUUAUAGCUGGUACCGUUAUGGUUCUAUCGAUCUAUUGGAGCACUAUGAAUCAUUAAUACCGCAAAAUUCAAGAUUGCUUUAUAUAAAUCAACUAUGCAGACAUAUAUACACAAUAUUCAAAUCAUCUUUUCUAGGUCUACUCGAGUCAUCAUUAUAUGUAUUUAAAAAACCCAAAAGAUAUCACAUUGAUUCUUUUGUUGUUGAUUUUUUACUAUGCUUUAAUGAUGAUGAAAUUAAUUGUGACCUCUCACCCAUCCAUUUUAUCAUCGAAAACACCCGGUUCAAUUACAAUCCGUUUCAAUUAAAAAGAAAUUAUUCAAUUCAUCUCUUAAAGCUAUUUGAAUGGAUUUACAGAAACCGUUAUAGUGAUCUAGAAAUUGGAGGUCGUUGUAUGAUAUCAUUAUCACAAAAAAAAGAAUUAAUUUAUUUGGUUGGUGGUAAUAUUAAAUCUAAUUACUUUAAAAAGGAUUUUCAAAAUCAGGAGUUCAAUUUCCUUCAUUCAGAGCUGCUUAUUGAAAGAAUAAUAGAGAACAGCGAUUUAAAAAUGUUGAAUUUAAUAUUAAUAACCAUUAAAAAUAGAGUCAUAGAGAAUCAAUCAAUUAACAACGAAAAAAUUCUCAGUUUCUUAUUUCAUAAUAUUUCAAAAUACUCUAAAAUCGAUUUAAUUCAAUAUAUAGAGGAUCAACCAUUUUUAAAAGACUUUAAAUUAUUAGAUAUUUAUUUAAAUAAUUUUAAAUUGUUAAUAUUAAAAAAAAUGAUUUUAUUUAAUAAUAAAUAA